CAAAGAUGGCGGCCCGCGGCGCUGGGGCCGUGCUGGGGCUGCUGCUGCUGCUGCUCCGCGCGGGCCCGGCCCGCGCCCGCGUCCAUCACCUCACCCUCAAAGAUGACGUGAGGCAGAAAGUGCACCUGAAUACCUUUGGCUUCUUCAAGGAUGGUUUCAUGACUGUCAAUGUCAGCAGCCUGUCCCUGAAUCCAGCAGUGAGCCCUGAUGACGUGGACCGUGUAUCAGUGGGAUUCAGUUUGGAUCGAACAAGGAAUGAUGGUUUCUCCACUUACCUGGAUGAAGAAGUGGAUUACUGUAUCUUGAAGAAGACACCAGAGCCAGAUGUUUCUGUUGUAAUCUUACUUCUGGACUUCCGAACUGACCUUAUAAAAGUACGGUUCUCUUCAGAAGCUGCUUCUUUGUUACCCAGAAUUUUAUUUGUGUCUGAGGAAAAUGGUACUGCCUUAAAUACUAAGCUGCUAAAAAGUUCUGAACCGAGCAGUGAUUCUGGUAAAAAUCCUCCAAAGACCAAUGAAAAUGCAGAUGGCAAAGGUGAGAAGUCCAAACAAAGUACAACAUCCUCCCAGAGCAUGGUAGAACAAAAACAUCCUUUUCACAAAGAUGGGGAAACUUAUUCAUUUCAGUUCUCUUUUAACAUCAGCUCGGAUAAGCAAGAAGGUCUCUACAGCCUGUAUUUCCAUAAGUGUGUUGCCAAGAAAGGGCCAGCUAACGAUCAGCAGCUGUUUAGUCUUGAUAUAGAUAUUACGGAAAAGAAUCCUGAAAGCUACCUCUCAGCAGGUGAAAUCCCACUGCCAAAACUUUACAUUUCCAUGGCUCUCUUCUUUUUCCUGUCUGGGACUGUAUGGAUCCACAUACUUCGUAAACGCAGAAAUGAUGUCUUUAAGAUCCACUGGCUCAUGGCAGCCCUUCCUUUCACCAAAUCAUUGUCCUUAGUCUUCCAUGCGAUCGACUAUCACUACAUCUCUUCUCAGGGAUUCCCCAUCGAGGGCUGGGCUGUUGUUUAUUACAUCACUCACCUACUGAAGGGAGCUCUUCUGUUCAUCACUAUCGCCCUCAUUGGCACAGGCUGGGCUUUCAUUAAACACAUCCUGUCAGAUAAAGACAAAAAAAUUUUCAUGAUUGUCAUCCCACUUCAGGUACUGGCAAACGUGGCUUACAUUAUCAUAGAGUCAACAGAAGAGGGAACAACUGAGUAUGGACUGUGGAAAGAAAUCCUUUUCCUGGUGGACUUGCUGUGCUGUGGAGCCAUCCUGUUCCCAGUGGUAUGGUCAAUAAGACAUUUGCAAGAGGCAUCAGCAACAGAUGGGAAAGACUUCAUUGGGAAAUUGCAUACUACACAUUCAAUAGCUGUUUUUCCUGGCACUCAGUCUUCUGGUGAUGUCCUUCCUGCUGCCAUUAACCUAGCAAAGCUGAAGCUCUUCAGACAUUACUAUGUCAUGAUUGUGUGUUACAUUUACUUCACGCGGAUCAUUGCAAUUCUCAUAAAGAUUGCUGUUCCAUUCCAGUGGAAAUGGCUGUACCAGCUGCUGGAUGAAAUGGCCACACUCGUGUUCUUUGUCCUUACUGGGUACAAAUUCCGUCCAGCAUCAGACAACCCUUACCUACAGCUCUCUCAAGAUGAUGAGGAUGACUUGGAGAUGGAAGCUGUGGUGACGACUUCAGGAGUAAUGGAGGGCAUGAAGAAAGUCAAGAAAGUGGUGAAUGGUUCAGCAGAGCCUCAGGGCGAAUGGGAAAGCACGGCAUGAUGGACUGGACUAAGGCAGCACUUUCAGAGAAACUUUUUUAAUUUAUUAAUAUUACUCUCAGUGGAAAGGGAGCAACUUGCACUCCCCACCACUGAAACUGCAGAGUGGGGUGUGUCUAGGGAGAGCAAAGCAGUGCAGAAAUAUAUUGAUCAUAAGAAAAUGGAAUCUCCUGGUACCUGCAAGGAGCGUGAAGCUUUCCUAGGGAUUUUGGGUAGCUUUUUUUUCCCCCUUUUCUGGAUCGGUUCUUUAUUCUGAAUUGUUGUGUUCCUCAGAAUGUGUAAUACUAAUGUGAAGAGGGGUUUUCAGUGUGUAUGUAAAGAAUAUAUUUUAUAUAAUGCUCAUAUAUCUACACACACACACUUGCUAUGUAACAUGAAUGCUGGGACUUGCAAAGCCUGUCAGAAGGUGGGAAAAGAAGAUAAAGACAUGUAAGUAUUUUUUUUCUUUUUAUAAACUCUCCUUUUGGCUUGGACGAAACAUUGCGAAACAAAUGGAUAGGAGCAACUGCAGUUAUUUGAGAGACUGAAGGGGUAUUGGAUCAGAUGACUUCUGCCACUGCUCAUGCAAGUGUGAAAGGUGAUAAGUAUCUUCUUGUCUUAUCCCUGCAGGUGUCCACCUGAAUGUGUCAGGUUUUCAGAUGUGUUGCUAUACAGGAAAUGAGUGACUGCUCUCCAUUAAAGCACUAAGCCCAUAGUGCAGUAAACACUUAUGUACAUUCUCCAGUGUCCUUGGAGUUGCUCUUGACUCACCCCCACCUGACAAGAAGUACACAAGAGGUGUAAGACUGAUGCUUGCUUUUUAGGGGUCUGCCUAAAUGUUUACUUUCAAGCUGUGACCCAGAGCACUUUGGUUUGCUUUGUAAAAUAUUUUCAAGGUUUUUCAAAAGUCACUCCUUUCUGGCACAGUAUAAACUAUACCAGACUCUCCAGUGGAAAUCUGUCUGGCCAUUUUACUGCAGCAUAAAUCUCUGGUUCACAGUUACCCUGAGUUACUUGGCCUCUCUGGAUGCUGCUUAUACCUCUCUGGCUGUGUAGGAUUAAUGACACUGCUUGUUGAGAUGAGCUGAACAGGUCAAAGUGGUAUUGCCACCAAAAACAGGCAACUCUAACUCCCAGUCCUAAAUGUUGGGAUUUUCUUUUGUCAGGAGAGGAGAAGAUUAUGACCAGAACCUUGAUGCAGGGGAAUAUGGAAUCCUUGACUGUUAGCUGCAGACUUGCAGUGGAGUCUUUACAGACCUGUUCCAAAUUGCCACAUGUGUUUUCUCUGUAGUCCCUGGGGUUGGUGUAGGGCAGUUGGUGUCCAGAGCUGUAGUAGGGAAAAUGUGUAUUCACUUGGGGGAGGAUGGAAGUGGCUCACUGGUGGAAUGAGUAUUAGCUUUAACAAAAAUAAAUCGGCUAUAAGUCACUGACCCACUGAAGCCUUAAUGUUCAUGCAGAGACAUUGACAUGUGGUGCCUCUGCCAGGGUGUCAGAGGUGUCAUGAGAGCUCUGGAUGUGCCAGCAUUGCUUACAGACUCAUUCAGGAAUUGGUUUUUUGGAGGGACUACGUUUCUGGAGCACAGCUGAUGAGAGGACUAUUAGCCACUAGUGUAUUUUAUUCUUCAAGCUGAGGAGGAUUUCCUCAAGAAUCCUGAUCCACUUCCUCACUCCUGAGCAGGGAUUGUGGAGCUCUUGGUGAGCUGUCUGUACCAAGACUUGCAGUUUGAGGAGCAGCACCACUUUCCCCUAUUGCCACUUCUUUUCCCAGGUGUUGGUUCUAUGCACCAUGGAGAUGGUAGAAACAAAUCUUACCUGCUUUGAUACCUGGAACUGCCUUCUCUUCAGAUAAAGCACAAGAAGAAGAGCAUUUGUCUCUGGCUACAGAUUUU